UUAAUUUUUUUUUGUUAAUUCGAAAUUCUUGGAACAGAAAACACAGAUCUCACUUCCCUUUCCAACUCAGCUCACAAUUUUGCUUCCGUUUUCAGUAAACCCCAAUUCCUCCAUUGAUUUUCAUAUCCGAUAAUCCCCAUUUUACCUUCAGAAAUCCAAUUCAAAAUUCAUCGCAUUGUUCGCAAAUUUCAAAAUCCAAUUUUUUCGAUUGCAUUCGCAUCGCCGAUUAAUUCAGUUCAGCAAGAAGAAGAAAAGAGAAGAAAUUGAAAAUGGGUUCACAGAGAUCUGCAAAACCCUCAAAACCCCCAAAUCAAGCAGCAGCAGCGCCAUCGAGGUCGGUUUCCGCCCCCUCGCCAUCUUCUCUCUCAUCCCACUUAGCAAUGGUGGAACUGAAGCAGCGGAUACUCACUUCCCUCUCCAAACUCGCCGACCGCGACACCCACCAGAUCGCCGUCGAGGACCUCGAGAAGAUCAUCCAAUCGCUAUCGAACGACGGCGUUUCGAUGCUCCUCAACUGCCUGUACGACGCCGUCAGCGACCCGAAGCCGUCGCUGAAGAAGGAGGGGGUCCGCCUCCUCUCGUCCCUCUGCACCGCCCACACCGACCCCGCCGCCACCCACCUCACCAAGAUCAUCGCCCACAUUGUCAGGCGGCUCAAGGACUCCGAUUCGCUCGUCAGGGAUGCGUGCCGGGACGCCAUUGGCUCGCUCGCCGGGCUGUACUUGAAGGGCGGCAGCGGCGGGGAUGGUGUGGUGUCGCUGUUCGUGAAGCCCCUGUUUGAGGUGAUGAGUGAGAACAACAAGGCGGCGCAAGGCGGGGCCGCCUUGUGCUUGGCGAAGAUGGUGGAAUGUGCCUCUGAUCCGCCUUUGGUUACUUUUCAGAAGCUCUGCACUAGGGUUUGCAAGGUUUUGAAUAGCCCCAAUUUCAUGGCGAAGGCUUCGUUGUUGCAGGUUGUUUCGAGUUUGGCUCAGGUAGGAGCAAUCGCGCCUCAGAAUUUGGAAACUUUGUUGCAGAGUAUUCAUGGGUGUCUUAGCAGCUCGGAUUGGGCUACUCGAAAGGCUGCAGCCGAUACAUUAAGUGUCUUAUAUUUGAACACCGACAACAUAACAGCAGAAGGAGCUGCUUCUACACUGAAUGCACUCGAGGCUUGUCGGUUUGACAAGAUAAAACCCGUACGAGAAAGUGUCACCGAGGCGUUGCAACUUUGGAAGAAAACAACAAGAAAAGGCGACGGAUCUUCAGACGAACAUCAAACUUCAUCUCAUGAUGGUUCUGAAUCUGCUGAUGCGUCAGAUAGGAAAGAUCUUUCAGAUCUUGGUAACAGAGAAAUCUCAAAAUCGGUUAAGGAUUCAUCGUGUGGAUCAUCUCCAACUGAUCCCAAUUUCGAAGGCCAAGGAAACAACUUCUUAGACAAGGCAGUUGGGAUAUUAAAGAAGAAAGCACCUGCAAUAACUAACAAAGAAUUAAAUCCAGAGUUUUUCCAGAAACUAGAUAAAAGAGUUACGGACGAUUUACCCGUAGAAGUGAUUCUCCCUCGCCGAUGUGGCAACACUUCGAAUUCUCAAAACGAGGAAGAAUCGGAAUCGAAUGCAGAUCCAAGUGAGAGGAAUAGGCCAAACUCACAGGCGGGUGACCACAGAAUUAUCGAUGACCGGAGCGAAUAUAAUACUCAGAGGGAUUCGAAUGAAGGGUUUAUGAAUAAUAAAGGAAAUUGGAUGGCUAUUCAGCGACAGUUGUUACUUCUCGAAAGGCAACAGACUCAUCUCAUGAACAUGUUGCAGGACUUCAUGGGUGGGUCCCACGACAGCAUGGUGACCCUAGAAAAUCGAGUACGUGGGCUCGAGAGAGUAGUUGAUGACAUGGCACGGGAUUUAUCCAUAUCAUCCUCAAGUAGAAGGUUCGAGAGUUCUUCUAACAGGUCUCUCGGAAAGUACAACGGCCAUCCGGAAUAUUCCGGAAGCAAGUUAGGAAGAGGGGGGAGUCACUUUGGCGAGAGGUUUUCUGGAUUUGACGGUAUUGCCCCUGCAAUGAAACCGUGGGAUUAUCAUGCAUACGGUAAAAAUGGGCAUUCGGUUUCGAGGAGAGGUAAUAAUAAAUCGGAGAUGGAGGCUUCUGAUUUAAUGGGUAGCAGAAGGGCUUGGGAGAAAGGCGGAGUGGGGCCCGUUAGGUUCGGUGAGGGGCCUUCGGCGAGGAGCGUUUGGCAAGCUUCGAAAGACGAGGCUACAUUGGAAGCAAUAAGAGUAGCCGGUGAAGAAAAUGGAAUUGGAGUUGUUCGAAAUAAUAACGCGAGAGUGGCUAUGCCUGAAAUGACAGCCGAAGCAAUGGGCGAAGAUGGAGAUGUGAAAGAUCGAGACCCCGUUUGGAAUUCUUGGACUAAUGCGAUGGAUGCUCUGCAUGUGGGCGACAUGGAUUCGGCUUUUGCUGAGGUGUUGGCGAUUAGGGACGAUGUUUUGCUGGUGAAGCUUAUGGAUAGAACAGGGCCCGUUAUCGACCAGCUGUCGAAUGAGGUGGCGAGUGAGGUUGUGAGUGCUGUUUCGCAGUUGCUUGUGGAGGAGAAUUUGUUCGACAUAUGCUUGUAUUGGGUUCAACAGUUGGCAGAUAUUGUAAUGGAAAAUGGAGCAGAUGUGUUGGGAAUUCCAAUGGAAGUGAAGAAGGAGAUAUUGUUGAAUUUGAAUGAAGCUUCUUCUUUAAUUGAACUCCCUGACGAUUGGGAAGGCUCUUCUCCCGAUCAAAUGCUCAUUCAGUUAGCUUCGGCUUGGGAAAUCGAUCUUCAAAAUUUCGGGAAUUAAUUGAAUCGACUUUUUUUUUUUUGGUUGGGCUUGAUAUUAUUAGAGCAUUUGAAGCUGCGCUUAUUUUUCAUGAUUAUUUUUCGUUUGUUCGUGCGUUUCGUAUAUUUUGUUUGGUUUUUCGAGUAUUUGACAUGCGAAAACGAGUUGAAAACGAAGGAAUUACGAUUUACGUGACAUGUAAUUAAUUACUAGCUUGGUUGUUGUUGCUUUCAAUUUGAGAAGAUGAAAUUAUUUGAUGGAAUUAAACUAUUGUUUCCUUUU